AAAAAGAAAGUUACGUGGAGCAAACCUAAACAAUUUUGUGUUCACCUGACAUUUCCGGAGCGUCUUCGUGUCCCUCAUUUCAUUUCCGAACCUCCAAAAACAAAAAGUUUCGACUUUCGAGUCUGUGUCGUCUACGCGUGCCGUGCCCUGCUACCUACUUCGGCGUCGUUUCAACGUCCCACAACAGCAAACGACACUGCAACCACUUUCUUCCUUCUCCUCCACCGCUACCGCCGCCACUACCUUAGCUGCUGCUGCUUCUUCUUCUUAGAUGGCUAAUCGCCACACGAUUAUUCUAAUGCAGACCUCUCCGAACAGAGCAACUAGAACUUUCAUGGAUUUUGAAUCAGUGGCUCAGGCCAUGGAUGGCAUAUGUGCACUGUAUGAAAGAAAACUGAAGGAGUUAAACCCAGCCAUCAGAAAUCUUUCUUAUGAUAUUGCAGAUCUCUACAACUUCAUAGAUGGACUUGCAGACAUGAGUGCUCUAGUUUAUGAUAGUUCAAUUCAUGCUUACUUGCCGCAUGAUCGACAGUGGAUCAAACAAAAAACCCUUCAACAUUUGAGGAAGUUGGCACAUUGAUGAUAAAAAUCAGGAUAGAACCGGUCUUUCAUGUGAUCUAUACACUAUGCUCUGAUCUUCUAUGUUGUUUAACAUGAAAAAUGGCACUUGCCUUUGGUAUGUAAUUUUAAUAUCAGUAAACGGUGCUGCUAAAAUUUUCCUGAAAACAAUGAUUGUUGUAGGCAUGGUUUAAUUUUGUAUGUGUAGUUAAAACUUAUCCUUUUUCGAACAA